UCCUUAUAAAAGCAACGUUCCAACGGGCGCCGACGUUUUAUCGUGGACGAAUUUUACCGCCAGCAACAUCAUCCUCUCCGACUACGGUCAUCUGCGAGUGCAUCUGUCUGACCUUCCCCCGCGCACAGCCAAGAAAGCCCCAACCGACAAAAAUGAAAGUUGUCAUCUGUCUGUUCGCCGUCGUCGCGCUGACUCUGGCCGCUCCCCAGCAGCGCGAUGGAUCCGCGCUGACGAACGAGGCCAUCCGCCAGGCGCAAUCCCAGCAGCUGAUUCCACGCGACGCCACCAUCCAGGGGGUCUCCGAGGGCAUCCAGGUGGCGGCACUCGAGUCCAUCCCCGGCGAUCAACGGGUCGAUCUGUUCCAGCUGCUCGGCGAUCAGAUCCCGCGGGAAGUUAUCACCAACCUCCAGUCGCAGGUCGAUCAAGUGGGCCAGAACUGAAGCCGCGGAUGCGCAGGGCGAAGACAUUAGGGCAGUAUUCGACAUUCUAACCUACACUAAUUUUACAGCAUCUCAACAAAUCGUACACUAGGAUAUGAUUUUUUUUUUGUUUCUCUUCCCGAAGUUACCAGUUGAUAGAAAAGACACUUGUUAUUCUUCCACGAUAGUGCCAAUGUUUCUUUUUGCGGCUGUACUGCAAGGAGAUAUGUUUUUUGUUAUGUUAAGUAUGAAGAAAUUUAAAUAAAUGUAUAAAAAAUAAAA